CGGCGGCCAUUUUCCCGCUGGACGCUGCUUCCCCAUUGUGGAAACGAAGAAGAAAAUAAGAGACAAGCCAAACAUUACUCGCCACUUCUACUCACUUUUCCCCCCAGGUGAUCUUUAGUAGCCAUGGCCCGUACCAAGCAGACCGCCCGUAAGUCCACUGGAGGCAAAGCCCCCCGUAAGCAGCUGGCGACAAAGGCUGCCCGUAAGAGCGCCCCCUCCACCGGUGGAGUCAAGAAGCCCCAUCGUUACAGGCCCGGUACCGUGGCUCUGCGUGAGAUCCGUCGUUACCAGAAGUCCACUGAGCUGCUGAUCCGCAAGCUGCCCUUCCAGCGUCUGGUGAGAGAAAUCGCCCAGGACUUCAAGACCGAUCUGCGUUUCCAGAGUGCUGCCAUCGGAGCUCUGCAGGAGGCCAGCGAGGCCUACCUGGUGGGUCUGUUUGAGGACACCAACCUGUGCGCCAUCCACGCCAAACGUGUCACCAUCAUGCCCAAAGACAUCCAGCUGGCACGUCGUAUCCGCGGGGAGCGUGCCUAAACACUCUCCUCCUUGUCUUUCUUCCUGCCCUUCCUUCACCAGUCUGCCCCUCCCUCUCUCUCUCCCUCUCUCCCUCCCUCUCUCUCUCUCCCUCCCUGUGUUAGUAGUGUGUAGAGGGAUUAUAUGAUGGAUAAAGUGUAUAGUCGUGUUUUUCAUAGUGCUCUCGGCAGCAGAACUAUAGGGUACUCUCUUUUUGUGCAUGUACCGACUCUUUGGUGAUGAGGUCUCCUCGAGCACACGUCUCCUAGUUUGCACUGUCUGUGACGAUGUGAUGUGAAGGAUGUUUUGUGGAUAGAAUAAGGAAGAAAAAACUAGAACAUUGCAAAUUCGCUAGGGACAGAGAGGAGGAGAAGAUGGGUCUGUGUCUGCUGGGGGUCUCUUCUCUGCAGCAGGGUGCUACAUGAACGCUCCCCCCUCCUCUCCUCCUGCGCUCCAUCCUCUGCAGGGCGUCAGUCAGGAUGGAUGAUCUGUCCCUGUGUGUGCAUGAGCUCUGAUCACCACAGCAUAUUGUAUACAACCCAUCAGCAUCUUUUUGGUCAUCAUAUUGGUUUCAUUCAUCAUGCUAGGUUUGAUGUUUUCCAUCCAAAUGAGUGUCAUGCACAGGAUUUCUUUUGCCACUUAAAACCAUUUGUUGAUGACGUGGAGAUGGGGGGGGGAUACUUCAGAAUUAAACACCUACAGAGAACAAAAAAACGAUUUGAACUGUUUGUUUUUUUCUACAUAAAUGUGAAACUCAUUUUGGCACCAUCCUCUUGUAGACGCUGUGUUCCUACCUGACAGAAGAGUCAGCUGUUGUUGUGGUGUUCAAAUUGGUUUCAUCUAAUUAUUUAAAGCCAAAGCUCAAGUUUGCUCAAACAAAUACUUUUGUAGCAGUGUUUUAUUUUCUAACAACGGACCUUUUUAUAACAAAGGUUGGUAAAAGUAAAAACCAAAAAGCUCUCAAAGUGUAAAAACGAAUGAAAAAACAACUGAUUAAAAUGUGAAACUGUACUGUAAAUCAGUGUUAAAUGACAAAUAAUACUAGUUGUGUUUUCUGUACACGUCCCCUCCGGAUCACUUGAUCGUCUGUUUGCCGUUUCUCAGGUUGACUCGUCACCUUUUAACUUAAUUUUUUUUUUUGCUCAAUUUGAUUUCCUGUUUGUCUUUUCUUUUCUUAUUUUGAAAUGUUGAGAAUAAUGUUACAAUUAAACAAUGUUUGUAAUUUCCAGAUUUGUCAUAUAAGGUGGUAAUAAAUGGAUGUUACACACA